CCCACAUCUAAUAUAAAGUCGUCAUUCUCUUCACUCAUGGAUCAUGUGAUACGCAUCACCUAAUUCCGGCCACUACAUGAGAGCUUGCUGUCAACGUCAACGAUGCAUCACUGCGCAGGCCUACUGCUUGCGCUGAGCGCAGGAGUUGCGCUAGCCAAGACUCAUCUCAACAUGAACGCUUCCACCGGACUGCAGAUUUUCCUAGACUUUGAUGGCACAAUUGUCAUAUCGGAUGCAUACACGUCCCUCGCAUCCGCGGCAUACGCAAGCCUACCUGCUAACACGACCACAUCAUUCCCAUCAUGGGAUGAGAUCGAGGCUACCUACAGCACGGUGUAUGAUGCUGUUUCGGCCACAGUAGAUGAGCCGACCUCGUUGGCCGAGGCGAUCAACUUCGCGAACAACGCAGCUCUACGCGCUGUAGAACAGUGGUCUUUCCUCUGGGUACAGAACCUCGGGGUCUUCGACGCCACGAAGCAGGACGAACUCGUCAAGUUCGCCAAGAAUCAGACCCUUCGAGAUGGAUGGUGCGAAUUUGCCACAGCUGCACAAGAGAAGGGGGUCAAGGUGAAUGUGGUCAGCCUAAACUGGUCACCGUCGUGGAUCCGUCUUGUCCUGCAGGAGGCUAGCGAGUGCCCACAGGUCGUCGAGAACAUCGAGACGUACUGUCCCGAGAUACUACCCGAGAACACCCUUCCGGCUACAGGGCUCGAUCAUGGCGCUCAGCUGUUCUCGGGUGGUGAUAAGACGGAGCUGAUAGAGAAUCUGCUAAGAUCUGUGUCCGGAGAGGUGAACAAUGUGGUCUUUGUGUCGGAUGGCGACGCAGAUCUUCAGCCAUUGUGGGAAGGGCCUACUAACAUUGGCAUUGUUGCCGGCUUCGAUGGGAGCGCGGCGGAGACCUUUCAGACAUACGGCGUGGAGGUUGCCAAUGUGCGCCUAGGUUGGCGAGGACAUACGGGGCCCGUAAGUGGGAACAGUUCCUUUGUCUACGGCUUCGAGAAUUGGGAGGAUGUUGGAAAGCUUCUUUGGGGAUGAGGAUUUGAAGAUGAUUCACCGCGCCAUUCGAAAGAUCGACUAUCUCCUGCGUAGCAUAUUCAUAAAAUUCAACUCGUCAAAGGAGGUAGAAAUGGAC